CUCUGUACCAAACGCAGUUCCUAUUCCUGGGAGUUUACACGUGUCCAAAAAUGAGACUGUGUGUAUGAAACAUCCACAGCAGAAUAUAAACACGCUGUACAGCACAGAAACACGUCCCUCUGCCUGGCUGAGUCUCAGGGCGUCAGCAGUAGGUGCUGAGUGUAUGUCCCCCUGGAUUUCAGGUGCCAGUGACAUUUGAGGACGUCGCUGUCUAUUUCACCCUUGAGGAGUGGGAGAAAUUGACAGAAUGGCAGAAGGCGCUGUACCGGGAGGUGAUGAGGGAGAAUUAUGAUCAUCUGAUUUCACUAGGGUAUCCAGUUCCCAGACCUACUCUUGCGUUGCUGAACAAUCCGGAGGAAGAGCCAUCGCUCUGGGAGCAUCAGGAUCUGGAAGAAAUAGAAUUACCUGAAACCGCUGAUUUCAGGCUCCUAAUUAAGGAGGAUGAGGAUGAUAAGGAAAAUGCUGAGAACCUGGGACAAGUCGAGACACCAUCCAGAGACUCGGAAAAGGAAUAUAAUUUGCUUUUUUCUAUCCAGGGAGUAAACCGCACUGGUCAGGGCAGCCUUGCUGUGGGGAGGAGAAAAGCCCACCUGAAAGGAAAGCCUGUUGAAACCACAAAUCCACAGCAGCUCAGCCCAGAUGAGAAACCUCACAAAUGUAGCGAAUGUGGGAAAAGCUUCCAGAAGCGUGGGAAUCUGAAAUGCCACUUUCGGACGCACACCGGGGAGAGACCCUACACCUGCCCGGAGUGUGGAAAGAGCUUUCGCCAAAAGCACCAUCUGGUAACACAUCAGAGAACCCAUUCAGGGGUGGCACCGUAUAACUGCCCCCAGUGUGGGAGGAGCUUCAGCACGUCUGCCCGCUUUAAAACACACCAGAGCACCCACCUGGGGGAGAGGGCAUUGCAUGGCAGAGAGGGUGGGGAAAGCUUCCAGACGCACGGGGUUCUUCACGUUCACCAGCGAACUCAGGCUGGGGAGGAGCUGCACGUGCGUAACGACUGUGGGAGAAGUUUCAGCUGUAAGCAAACCCUUAGGAUCCACCAGAGAAUCCACGCUGGAGAGAAACCAUACAGAAGCCCUGGCUGCGGGAAAAGCUUUUGCAUGCCCGUGCAUCUCAAACUGCACCAGCAGAUCCACAUGGGGGAGCGGCCCCAUACGUGUGACGAGUGUGGGAAAAACUUCCGGAAGAGCGAGCACCUGAAGCGGCACAAUCGGAUCCACACAGGGGAGAGACCCUUUGCAUGCACGGCGUGCGAGAAAAGCUUCAUCCAGAAGCAGCACCUGGUGAAGCACCAGAGGACCCACACGGGCGAGCGGCCCUACCUGUGCAGCGAGUGCGGGAAGAGCUUCCGGAUACGCAAGGAUCUCAGCUUUCACCAGCAAAUCCAUACGGGAAAGACGCUCCACGUGUGUGAGGCUUGCGGGAAGAGCUUCAGCCACAGGCAAUCGCUCGUGAGGCACGCGAGAACUCACGCCGGGGGGAGCACCUACACGUGUAAUGACUGCGGAGAAGGCUUCGCGGUGCACAAGCAGCUCCGACGGCAUCGGCAAAGUCACGCUGCGCAGAAGCCCUCCGAGCACACCUGCAGCGAGUGUGGGAAGGGCUUCCGGAAGAGCGAGAACCUGAAGCGCCAUUUGCACACGCACACAGGGGAGCGCCCAUUCCUCUGCACCGAGUGCGGGAAAAGCUUCAUCCAGAAACAGCACCUGGUGACGCACCAGAGAACGCACACGGGCGAGCAGCCCUACCUGUGCAGUGAAUGUGGGAAGAGCUUCAGCACCGCCGAGUGCCUGAAGAUCCACCGGAGAAUCCACACAGGCGAGCGGCCCUACCUGUGCAGCGAAUGCGGGAAGAGCUUCCGGACACACCGGGUGCUGAAAGUUCACCAGCAAACUCACACCGGGGAGAGUCUCUUCAUCUGCUGCAACUGUGGCAAGAGCUUUCGGCACAAGCAGACUCUGGUGAUGCACCAGAGGACACACGCUGGCGAGAAGCCCUAAGACUGCACCCUUUGAGGAGACGCCAUCCGGACCCUCAAGCUCCUCAAGAUGCAUCAACACAAGCACACAGGAGUCUGGCUCUACACCUGCAGCAAGUGCGGGAAGAGCUUCCAGAAGGGCGAAAACUUGAAAUGCCACUUUAAGACUCACACGGGAGAGAGACCUUACUGGUGCACCCAGUGUGAAAAGGGCUUCAUUCAGAAGCAUCAUCUCCGCACGCACCAGUGAACCCACCACGGGGACAGAGAAACAUGUGGGUGAGGGAUAUGCACCUGUCUUCCCCCAGGGUGAACGUCUGCAAUGUCCCCUGGAAACCCACCUACACGGAGGAGCUGAGUGGGGAGCUCCCAUUCCGGGUGGUCAGUGUUGACGACUUUCCUUUUCCUGGCAAUGAGGCACCGGGGUAAUAGCCUAUCUGGAAGGAGAUGGCAGAUGAACAUCUCAAGCAUUGGGAACUGAAUCCAGGAAAAUUUCUUGGGUGAGUGAAGAUCAACAAAAGAUAUUGGAGAUGCUCCCAGUUGUUGUGAGCUAACAAGCCACAAGAAAUCCAGGGUAACCAUCUACCCCUUUUAAAUAUGGGGAGAUGCAGAAACAUAUCUGGGGAAAAACUCCUCAGCAAAGUGGGCUGCCUUAUGGACUUAGGAGUGGAAGGAACUCUUUCAGGUGUAUGAACUUCUGGUCAGCCAGGGAAGGCUGUCAGAGAGUGACAUUCAGAAACAAGCAAUGAACAGUUCAGCACAAGGGAGCCCACACAGGAGAGAGGCCAAAUCAAUGGACCAAUCAGGUGUAUGACUGGGAAUCACUGAACAGAGUAAUAACCAAAGGAAGGAGAGAAAAUGUCUAGCGCGGCGAAGGGGGAAUCACUAGAAAUAACAGGCGGAAACGGAGCAAUGGUAAAAGUAGGCUGAAUAACCGUCUCCAAAAGGGAGACCUAGUUGUCUGUGACACGGUCUCCCAGAGGAAGCUGUGGAAGCCCCAAAGCUGGGACCUUUUGAAAGAAGAUUGAGCAAAGCCUGGGGGAGCGGUGCUGCCAUGGCAAAGGGGAGGAGUGCUUGAAGUGGCUUAAUAUGUCUCUCGCGUUCAGCUGCAAAAUCAAGUUGCCAUCCGCAGCAGACCAGUGACGGGAGAAACCAGGACUCGAGUACAACAGUUGGAAAUGAAAACCAAACCCAACCCAUCUACUGUUAGAAGGGAUGCCCAGUUAAGGCCAGAUCCUCCACUGGUGUGAACUGGUGUAGCAACAGUGACCUCAAAGGCGUUAUCCCAGUUUACACCAGCUGAGAAUCAGGCUGUCCUUCAAAGUGGUGCCCAGAGGAAGGACGUGAGUGGAUUUGCCGUUUGACAACGCCCCAAAUAAUCGCCCUGCAAAUUUCAGAAAUGCUCCUGAGAAUGAGUCCUCCUCAAAUCUAUAGGCCAAAGGCAUCCCUGAUGUAAAUCUCCUGACUUCAGUGGCAAUACACCAGUGAUUUGUUUGGCCCUUGGUCUCAUACUAUAAACAGGAGAUGAAGCGUUGCCAGCGUUUGCGUGUAUUUUGCUACUUAAAGAAAGAAGUUGGCUGGGGUGUUCCAGACAGGCCAACCAGUCGUCCAGCCUUGGGUGCAGGACAUCCCAUGUGCUUUGUUUCAAGGCAGUUCUAUUAGAAACGUACCAAAGUUUAUCUAGAGAAAAGACCCGACCGGGGGUACAGAUGGGUUUUGUUUCUUUCGUAGUGCCCAUCAUGGAGCACCCUAGAGGGUCAAGUAGGAACACACCCCGUAACCCCAGAUGGGCUGAAGAAAGCUCCUUGCCCCAGCAGGUGCAGAGAGAGCCUCAUGAAGCAGGUUCCCGCAGUCCUGCGGGCCUGUUACAAGAGCCACACUUGUGACGCUGAGCUCAUGGGAUAAAGCUGGGAGGUGGGCAUUAGCCACGUGAGGAAGAGCCAUAUAGAGAUGUGGGGCUGGGCUCCUCAUGGUGCUGAGCGUUCUGCCUGCCCGCCCACCAAUGCCAGGGAGAGCAUGCAGCACCACCCUGGAGGGGCUCGGUGCCCAGCAUCUUGUGCAUCUUCUGGAAAAGAAACCCAAGUGAGAGGUCAGCUCUGACCACCAGCAGGGGAGGUGGGCAGAGGAGAGAGCAGGCAUUGGAGGAUCCCUGACCUCCAUGGGUUCUGUGCAUGCCUGGAAUGUGCGGGAGAGGGCCAAUAAAUAGACUGCCCUCAACAGGAGUUGUGGCUGAAUUUUGUCCAGCAGGUCUAACGGUGAGAGCAUUGCGGGGGAAAUUCAGCCCAUGCAGAUGGCCUAUGCACCUCUCAAAUCCCACUUCAGCCAGCGGCCCC